AACUCCAUCUCCGACUAACAAUCCUACGAACGCCACCGUGAGCAACCUAAAUUCCUUACAUUCACUUCAAUUUCACCCUAUUUCCUCUAAAUCUAAUCAUAACAAAACUAAACCCUAGAUGGAUUCUACUCAAAAUUAGAUGGAGGUGAUAGCUUUUCGGGUCGUGCUUCCAUGGGGAUUUCAAUUCCUACGUCUCUUUCUACACGGUAGUAUCAAAAUCUAAUGGGAAAAGAUGAAGAUAAGAGUUCAGAAGCAUAGCCAACCUACGAAGCUGAGAAACUUUCAGAUAAAGAGUUUCACGGUUAUGUUUGGUGUUCGCAAAGGUUUUCUGUUCAGAAUCGAGUUGCUACUCAGUUUUGUUUAGGUUCUAGUUUAGAGGUUUCGACUCAGUGCAGAGUUUGGAUUCGAGCAGAGCUUUUUCACAGUAUAGAUUUUGCAUUCAAGCCAAGUUUUUGGUACAGUUUUUGGUUUGAAUUAAAAUUAAAGGGAGUAUACAACAUAAUAAAGCUAAAUUGGAUGAGAGCUUACCAGUUGAAAUGAAGAAAAAUGCAGAAUUUGUCCUCGCUCGCAAGGUGUUCGAUGAAAUGUCCCAACCGAAUUCUACUACUUGUUGGAUUAGGUGGAAGUGUAGCUUCUGGCUUCAACUAUGCGAUGCUCUUGACAAGAGUUUGUUGUUCUUUGAAGCACAAAGAUCCGGUAAGUUACCAACGGAAGAGCAGCGAAUCAAAUGGCACGCUGAUUCUGGUCUCAAGGAUGGAAUUCAGCAAGGAGUAAGUACUCUUAACUGUUUUCGUAAGCUAUCAUUGAGAACUUAUAGAAAUAAGGUGAAAACGGUUUAUAUUAAAUUCUUAUGUUGGUGGGAGGGUACUAUGAUGCAGGUGAUCAUGUCAAGUUUGGGCUGCCAAUAGCUUACAGUGUGACAAUGCUCGCAUGGGGAGCUAUUGAGUUUAGCAAGGAAAUGACCGACUUAAACCAAAUCGGACAUACUCUACGGGCCAUUAAAUGGGGAACUGAUUAUUUCGUCAAAGCGCAUACUCAACCUAAUGUUCUUUGGGGACAGGUGGGUGAUGGAGUUUCUGAUCACUACUGCUGGGAACAUGCUGAAGACAUGACGACUUCAAGAACGGCCUAUAAAAUUGAUGAACAACAUCCUGGUUCUGAUCUUGCAGGUGAAACUGCAGCUGCAUUGGCGGCUGCAGCGAUAGCUUUCAGGACAUACAACUCUUCUCACUCUAAUCUCUUGUUAGUCCAUGCAAAACAGCUCUUCACGUUCGCAGAUAGAUACAGAGGGCUAUAUGAUGAGUCCAUAUCCUGUGCUCACCAAUUCUAUGCUUCUUCUGGCUAUUCAUGGUUUUGAUGAUUUGUGUUACUAAAGUUGCCAAGUCUGCUUUAAAUAAUGCCUUGGCUGAAUGCGGAGAUGAUAUGAGUGACACUACAUCUAACUCAGAACAGCCCAUUGUCACGGAACCUUUAGUAGAUCUCAGCCAGCCUCUUCUUAAUGAGGUAGAUCAGAAUCAAGACAAUCGACAACAGUAAACACAUAAACUACAGUGUAAAUUCUUACUCCACCCCCACCUUCUAAAGGUUAUUUAUGUUUUUUUUUCUGACAUAAAAAAAUGCUUAAGCAGUUGCUGCUAGUUGCUACUUAUCUGUGAUUUGUAUUGUUCCAACAUUAGAAUUGAUUAAUUAUAUAACCAAGAUGAGGGCAUUGUAUAUGUAUAACAGCAGAAAAGUUCAUAGUAUGAACUAUUCCUGAUUUUGUGUUAGUUUGUAUUUUUUACUUUGGAUUGUGGCUCUAUACUCGAUUUUCUCCCUCUCCUAAUCGACGGUGGCUAGUAUUUUCACGGUUGUUGUUCAUAAAGCAAAUAAAAAUCUAAUAAACUGGUGAUUCAAUAAUAUAUAAGUGAGUACUUUGUUCUUUAUCUUACCUUUGUAUACUGAUAG